AUGUCCUCAAACGAGAGCCAUGUAGAAGAACAUACGCUAACAAACAUACAGGAAGACAGCUUCAACACGCGACCUUCAGUCCGCAUUGUGAUGCCGGACAACUUGAAAUCCUUGCUCGUCGAUGACUGGGAACAAGUUACCAAAAACCAGUGUGUUGUCGCGCUACCUUCCAAGCUUCCAGUACGUCAGAUCCUUAGAGACUGGCAUGAGGAGGAGGAGCCUAAGCGCUCGGGUUCCUCUGCCGACGAAGAUGUCCUGGAAGAAGUAGUGGCCGGCCUUCAAGAGUACUUUGAUAAGUCUCUCGAUAAGAUUCUGCUAUACCGCCACGAGCGACAGCAGUACCGCAAUCUGCGCAAGAAGUUCGAGGCAGCUACCGGUGAACUGGCGGACAAGGGACCUAUUGAUGUUUAUGGCGCCGAACAUUUGAUUCGAUUGUUCAGCAGCAUGCCCGAGCUGAUUGCUCAGACAAAUAUGGAUAUGCAGGCUACCAACCGGCUGCGAGAGGAAAUUUCAAAGCUUUCCAUGUGGUUGAGUAAGAACUCGGACAAGUACUUUGCGACAACUUACGUUGUCGGGGAGAGUAUUCAGUGA